AUGAAUGGCAAAGUUGUCGAUUGGUGUCAAUUUUACGUGAAUAGGAAAGUCGAAUUGGCAUCAAUUACUACGAGUUCAAUUGUGGACACAUAUUUUAAAGGCAUUUUUCUACGCUUUUAUCAAAUGAUUUCUUUGUAUUUUCAUUUAUUGAUAUCGAUAUUGAUAUGUGGAACUUAUGCCUCUUUUUUAUAUGCAAAAUGGGAUAAUUAUCGUCAUAACAUUCAUCAUACAUGUGCUAAUAAUGAGGAAUGUGACGAAAAUUUUGGUUUGAUUUGGCCAUCGUAUAAAUUCAUUUGUUGUACAACAAUUGUAUGCGAUGAAAACUAUGGUGAUUAUUAUUUUGUUCAUUCCGGUUGUGCAACACAACAACAAUCUCGACUUGAACGAAAAAUUUUCGAUUUGUUGAUUCCAAGUAUAGAAAAAGGCUGUUUUGCAACAAGGGAAAAUUUCCUCUCGCAAAACUUCAAUAAUGCUAUCGUUAUAACUGAACAAUCGGUGCCAUCAACUACGACCACACUUCCACUUCGAAUAGUAUCACCUGCGAAUUGUUCAUGCCCCAUUGAAUUGGAAUGUUGCAUUCAUAUAGAAUGCUCAGAUAAUCUACAGAUUGACACAAGAAAUUACGAUGUUAAAUCGGAAUGUUCAUCAAAAUGUCUUACGAUUGUUAAUCGAAUUGGUCAACAAUAUAGUUUUUAUUUACCAAAAGAUAUAUGGCAAAAGAGGGUUGAAUAUGAAAGGGAAGAAUCCGCUCCACCAGUUGAAAAAAGCUGUCGUGAAACUCGGUGA